CCUUCGUCCCACCCACACAAAUCUCUACAUUUUAACAGAAACGUAACCCACCAAACCCCCAAUCCUCUUAAACAACCCCAAUACCCUCGUCGAUCUGUCAACGCCAAACCUUAGAUCGGCAAUUCCCCAAUCGGCGACCCUGCUUCUCUAACCCUUUCUCUGACGACGCCUAGGGAUUCAACAAAUCCGCGACCUCCUCGCUCCCUCCUCCUUCAAUGCUCCUCGAUUGCGACAACUGGCGCCUCAAACCGGUGCCUCAGAUGGGUGCGCCUUCCACUGUAGAAGUGGUCGAGACAGAUCUUCGACAACAAAGAAGAAGGGGUUGGAGUGGAUCCCUGAGAGAGAAAAAUCAAGCAAGAGAGAGGGUAAAUCAGAGGGAGUGGCGGAGAGGAGAUGGAAAUGGCGACGGUGAGCGCGGAUCCGGUGGUGUUUUGUUGUUGGAAGCCGAGAGGCAGAGCUUCAAUUACGCAGUGUCUCGCAUCAUCGAUCUUGCCUGCCUUUCACCGCAAAGAAGAAGAAAGAAGGAGGAGUUGGUCGGCAAAGGAAGGUCGGCGUCGCCCCGGGUACUGCCUCCCGCCUCGUACGAUGACGCCUCUUCAGAUCUGAAAAUAGGAGUGGGAGGAGAUCUACAGACCGUGUUCUUCCCUAGAAGCAGAUCUGGAAGCACCGCCAAUGGAGUUCUAUUUCCAUUUUGAUUUUGUUUUAAUUUUAGUUUUUUUAAUACUAUAAUUGAAUUUACAGUUUUUUUUAAUUUUAACUUAAUUUUUAUUUAGUUUUAAUUGAAAAAAUAUUAGGUUAGUGACGUGGCAUCUAUGUGGCAGCCUGAUUUUUUGCCACGUCAACAAAAUUCAACUUCGCGUUGACCAUCGUUUGGUCAACUGUUAUCUUUAACAGUCAACAAAAUUGACAGGAUACAAAUGACACAAAAUAUCAUAGUUCAGGACACAGAUGGAAUAUUGGAAACAAUAGGACACAAGUGGCAUUUUCGCGAUAGUUCGGAUUUGUAGUGGUAUUAGCCCUAAAAAUUCUGAAAAAUAUUUUAAAUUAGUGUAAUAAAAUGUGUAAGUUGGU